CCACGCGCGCAAAGUCACCGCGUGAAAAAGUUAACUCUCUCUUCACUCUCAUUCGCUUUGCCAUUUCAGUCUCUCACACACUCUCUCUUUAACAAUGCUUCUAACAUUUCAUCUCUGAACCCAAAAAAAAAAUCACAACAACACAAACAAAAAAAACCUUUGAAAUGUUCUAAAAUGUUCUAAAACCAAACCACCAUGAACUGUGAAAUGAAAUAAAAUAAAACAGAAACGUUAAAGUUAACGGUGUUAGAGUGGUGUGUGUAUAAUGGCAGCUACUACGAAUACAACGGCGUCAAUUGUUGACACUACGAAUUCGUCAGAAGAAGCAACGGCAAAAGCGAUUCAAAAACGUUACGAAGGUUUAGUAACAGUACGAAACAAAGCGAUUAAAGGAAAAGGAGCUUGGUAUUGGUCACACCUUGAACCAUUACUCGUUCAUAACAACGAAACGGGACUUCCAAAAGCCGUUAAGUUACGGUGUUUUCUAUGCGACGCCGUUUUCUCAGCUUCUAACCCUUCAAGAACAGCUUCUGAACAUUUAAAACGCGGAACUUGCCCUAAUUUCAAUUCCGCCGUAAAACCUAUUUCUUCUGUUUCGCCGGAAACUGGUUCCGGUGCUGGUGCUGGUGCUGUUGUUGUUGUUUCUUCACCGCCGCCGUUUUCGUCUUCUUCUGUUCACCGACGUAAGAGAAGCUCACCGCCGUCGCAGCAGUAUGGUGUGGAUCGGUUACAGAUGGUUACGGUUUCGAAUUUGUUGCCGCCGCAGCAACCGCCGCCGCAUUUGAUGUUGUCUGGUGGAAAAGAUGAUUUGGGUGCUUUGGCUAUGUUGGAAGAUAGUGUGAAGAAGCUGAAGAGUCCUAAAACUUCACCUGGUAUUGUUCUUCAUAAGACUCAAGUUGAUAGUGCUAUUGAUUUUUUAGCUGAUUGGGUUUAUGAAUCUUGUGGUUCUGUUUCUUUUUCGAGUUUGGAGCAUCCAAAGUUUAGAGCUUUUCUUACACAAGUUGGUUUGCCACCUGUUUUUCCUAGAGAGUUUGUUGGUAGUAGAUUGGAUUCCAAAUUUGAGGAAGUGAAAUCUGAAUCAGAAGCUAGGAUUAGAGAUGCUAUGUUCUUUCAAAUCGGUUCCGAUGGUUGGAAAAAAACGAAAGAUUAUGAAAAUGAUCAGAGUUUGGUGAAUUUGACUGUGAAUCUUCCAAAUGGGACAAGUUUGUAUAGAAAGGCUGUUUUUGUUAAUGGUUCUGUUCCUUCUAACUAUGCUGAGGAUGUUCUGUGGGAGACAAUUAAUGGAAUUUGUGGGAAUCUAGUUCAGAAUUGUGUUGGGAUAGUUGCUGACAAGUUCAAGUCAAAGGCAUUGAGAAACUUGGAGAUUCAGAAUCAUUGGAUGGUUAAUCUCUCUUGUCAGUAUCAAGGUUUCAAUAGUUUAAUCAAGGAUUUUACUAAAGAGCUUCCUUUGUUUCGAACCAUGACCGAGAGUUGUAUCAAGCUAACAAAUUUUGUCAAUUACACGUCUCCAAUUCGGAAUAGUUUCCACAAGUACCAAUUGCAAGAGUACGGUCACACGUGGUUGCUUCGAGUAAUACCAAUGCGGGAAUUUGAGGAUUUUAACUUUGAACCUGUUUAUGCAAUGAUUGAGGAUACAUUGAGUUCAGUUCGCGCUUUGCAGUUGGUCUUACUCGAUGAAUCAUUCAAGAUGGUAUGCAUGGAAGACAGGAAUGCUAGAGAAGUCGGUGACAUGAUUCGCGCCGUCGGCUUUUGGAAUGAUUUGGAAGCUGUACACAGUUUAGUUAAAUUGGUGAAAGACAUGGCUAAGGAAAUUGAAUCCGAAAAGCCAUUGGUUGGACAAUGCCUUCUCCUUUGGAAUGAGUUGAGAACAAAAGUGAAAGAUUGGUGUUCUAAAUUCAACAUUGCAGAAGGAGCAAUAGAAAAGUUGAUUGAAAGAAGGUUUCGGAAAAACUACCAUCCGGCUUGGGCUGCAGCAUACAUUCUCGACCCUCUUUACCUAAUAAGAGACACAAGUGGAAAAUACCUUCCACCAUUUAAGCACUUAACACCAGAACAAGAGAAAGACGUCGAUAGACUCAUAACAAGGCUUGUUUCAAGAGAUGAAGCACACAUUGUUCUAAUGGAACUCAUGAAAUGGAGAACAGAAGGUCUCGAUCCGGUUUAUGCGCAAGCCGUACAAAUGAAGGAAAGAGAUCCUAUUACUGGGAAGAUGAGGAUUGUUAAUCCACAAAGUAGUAGACUUGUUUGGGAAACUUAUUUAACUGAAUUCAAAUCCUUAGGAAGAGUUGCUGUGAGGUUAAUUUUCCUUCAUGCAACUUCUUGUGGUUUCAAAUGUAGUUGGUCUUUAUGGAAAUGGGUUUGUUCUCAUGGACACUACAAGACUUCAUUGGAUAAAGUUCAGAAGUUGAUUUUUGUUGCAGCUCAUUCUAAAUUGGAAAGAAGGGAUUUUUCAAGUGAUGAAGAUAAGGAUGCAGAAUUAUUCACCUUGGCAAAUGGUGAGGAUGAUGUGUUGAAUGAGGUUCUUGUUGAUAGUUCAUCAGUGUAACAAUUUUUUUAUUCCACUUUUUUUCUUUUGAGUUAAUUUAAUCAGCUCUAGGAAUUUUAAUUUUUUAGGAUUUAUUAUUGAAUUCUUUCCACUACCCUUUUUUCUUUUCUGCCACAUGAUUUGAGCAACUUCCCCUCACCUUUGAUUGUAAAACUAGAGAAAAAAGAAGUGCAUAACCAAUUGGUGAAGGAUGUUGUAGAAAUUCUAUUCUGUUUUUUUUUUUUUUUGUCAAGUAGUUUAGUGGCUAGAAUUUCACAUUUUUAAGGUGAUUAAGUGGGGUAUCAGAGUUUGAAUCUCGGUCUCUGCAUAUUACUUACAAUGUCCCUACCAACUGAACCAUGUUCACUAGGACGAAAUUCUAUUUUGUUCUAUUCCUCUAGCACUUUGAUCAGAUAAAUAAUAUUUGUAAAGGGGAAGUUUUUAUCAGUUCUCCUUUGAUUUUAA